CACAAGCCCCUUAACAUUACACAACUUGAUCAUAUCAGUGCUGAUCAGCUGUUUCUAUCUGUCUCUCUCUCCCUGACCCUGAUGGCUAUCUUGAUGAGGGAAUGUUGUUUGCUGGUGUUUGCCAUGGUUUUAAGGGUAGGUUUAGGCCAGAAUGUAGACCCAUCUGGGCCAGAUGGAGGAGGGAGAAAAGAGAUGGUGCCGGCUAUGUUCAUAUUUGGAGACUCUCUCAUUGACAAUGGGAAUAACAAUGAUCUUCCUUCCUUUGCUAAGGCUAACUAUUUUCCUUAUGGUAUCGACUUCAAUGGAGGUCCUACUGGUCGUUUUUCCAAUGGCUACACCAUGGUUGAUGAAAUAGCUGAACUACUAGGACUUCCUCUGAUUCCUCCAUACUCUGAGGCGUCUGGAGAUGAUGUGCUUCAUGGAUUAAAUUAUGCCUCUGCUGCUGCUGGAAUCCUCGACAUUACAGGAAGAAACUUUGUGGGUCGCAUACCAUUUAAUCAACAGAUAAAGAACUUCCAGAAUACACUUGAUCAGAUCACAGAUAAUCUUGGGGCAAUUGAUGUGGCCAACGCAAUUGGAAAGAGCAUAUUCUUUGUGGGAAUGGGAAGUAAUGACUACCUUAAUAAUUAUCUCAUGCCCAAUUACCCAACCAAGAAUCAGUACAAUGCUCAACAAUAUGCAGAUCUCUUGGUUCAACAAUACACUCAGCAACUCACGACCCUUUACAAUCUUGGAGCAAGGAAGUUUGUACUUGCAGGGUUAGGAGUAAUGGGAUGCAUCCCGAGCAUUCUGGCACAGAGCCCUGCUGGACUCUGCUCUGAAGAGGUUAAUCAGCUGGUUCUACCCUUCAAUGAAAAUGUCAAGACUAUGAUGAACAACUUCAAUGCCAAUCUCCCAGGUGCAACAUUCAUUUACAUUGACGUUGCCAGAAUGUUUCGAGAAAUCCUUACCAACUCUCCAGCUUAUGGAUUUAGCGUAAUAAACCGCGGGUGCUGUGGCAUAGGGAGAAAUAGAGGUCAGGUAACCUGUCUUCCAUUCGAAACGCCGUGUCCAAACAGGGAACAGUACAUCUUCUGGGAUGCAUUUCACCCAACAGAAGCUGUGAACAUCUUAAUGGGGAGAAAGGCUUUCAAUGGGGAUACAAGCUUUGUGUAUCCUAUGAACAUAGAGCAGCUUGCCAAUCUUGAUCUUGACGCCAACUGAUAUAAAAGAGAGAGAGAGAGAGAGAGAGAGAGAGAGAUUCUUGCAUGCCAAUCCGUAUAACCCUUUCAAGUAUUGCUAUUAUUCAUCUAAAUAGUCGUAUGUCUUGGAAAUCAAAGAAGAGUUGUAUUUCUACUUUUGACUGCAACUACUUUGAUUUUUUGUUUUGAUAAUAUCAUCAUUUUCUUUUCAGAAA